UUUACACUACUAUGCUACUGUAAUAUUUUCUAUGAUCUGUUAGUUAUAGAAAAUAUCUGUAUUUUUUUAAAUAAAUUAUGCUAUUUUUAUAUCGAAUUAAAUGUAAUAAUUACAGUAAAUAAUAUAUUCUUUUAUAUGUGAAGCAAACGUUAUUGCAAUGAAUCAAAAUGCAGAUAAACUCGAAGAUGCACAAGGUGUAGAAAAUGAACAAUAUGAUGUGACACAAAUGAGAAAACUUGCAGCAAAAAUGGAAAAAAAAUAUUUAAAAUUGCUUUAUGAUAAAAAAAGGAUAGAAAUGGAAAAAAUAUCUUGUCAGCCAAACGUUCAACUAAAUGAAAAUCCUGCAGACGCCAUGGAAAUGAGCACGGACACUUCAAAUAGCAUAGACACAUCAAAACUUAUUGACACAGCGGCCAGUAUAAAGGAUAAUUAUAAUCAUAUUAGGAAAUAUGGACAAGACCUGCAGCAUAUUUGCCAUACAAUGAUCACACCAAGUUAUAGAGAACGUCAAUUGAGACGAAGAAAAUUUUUAUCUGAGUUUUUGACAUGAAUAGAGUUCUUUAGUUAUAAUUAUUCAAGUGUAUAUAAGAAACUAUUUUAUUAUUUUUAGAAUUGUAAAAAAAUAGCACUAUAUUAUUUUAUAAUGGUGAAUUUUAUUUGUUGUGCAUGUAUAUAAGGAUUAUCGCCACUU